AUGGCAAUGCCAACCAGGUCCUGUGGCAUUCCGGGCAUUGAUUACGAUGCCACCUACGUCAAAAACCUCCUCACCAGCCCCGGCUGCCUAGCUGGGGCUUUCGGCCUACCAAGCACAAAAGCGCUAUGGGCAUUAGCUCUGCGGGACCCAGAGACAAAGCCGAUUGUUGACGGCUGGAUCGAAGAGAGAAAGAACUUUGGAAAGCAUAUCCUCAAUAAAAUCUACCAACCCUCCCUUGAGAGGUUGCUCGCCGACCCGGCUAUGCACCCCAUCCUCACAAGUGAUCAACCCCCAGCGUCUAGCCCCGUUGGCCGUGGCCUGGGACGUGCGGAUAUGGCGACACUGGCGAAACUUACGGGACUCUGGUAUAUUGCCCGCCUGGUAAGGGCAAAGCCUCACCUUUUCCCAAGGUCUCAGGUUGAGCCGGUUUUGUCGCUGAACGGGUAUGAUCUUCUGCAUGGGUGGAAGUUUCUGAGAUGGGUCUGGCGUGAGAAGGCCCGGAACCGUUUGGGGAACUACGAGGGCAAAAGAUGCUCCCAGGCUACACGGCCUGUUUUUCAUAUUCCGGCCUUGGCUAUAGCGGCCCCGGCCCAGACGGCGGGAGUCCCCAUGAAUGUGCAGAACCCUGCGGCCCAGAGCCCAGCCCCUGUCUAUACUCGCGAUCUCACUCCGAACCCCGUCGAAACUCCCGAGGAAGAAGAAGCCUUGAACCUGGCUAUAGUCCACGGGCUUGGUGAUGGAACUAUUGCGGUAGAAGACACGGAACCUAUCUUUGUUGAGCAAGACGAAUUGGAACACGCCGAAGACACAACCGAAGACGAGGAGAGCGACGUCUCAGAGGUGGCUAAGGUGCCAAUCUCAAAGGAAUACAUCACCAACAGCGAUGACGACGCCUACGACAGCGGCUACGAAACUGCCGAUGAGUGUUGGGAUAUCCGAGUCAACCCGGAGCCUGAACAGGCCUACGAGGCGACUUUUGAGGAAUUUGUCGAGGAGAAUGCCGACCUGUCCGCUACUCCCUGGGGGCGAGUAGCCAGUACUUGA